AUGCCCUCCCGAAUAGAAGAUUAUUAACUAAAUAAUCAUGAACGGUCAAGGCCAAAUGCUUUCAUUGAGAAUUCAAGAGAAGACAAAAGAGAUCUUUGCAAUUAGUAAUUGAUAGCUCUUCAUAAUGAGAUCCUCAAGAGAAGAAUCUUUACUGUAGAGUAGAUUGCCAAGGACCCUGAAACCUUUUUGAUGACUCAACAAAUUAAAAGAGAUCUUGAUAGCGCAAUGCUAAUUAAGCAAAGUAUAUUUACAUUUUCUUGUGCGUUAAAUCUAAAAAUUCAAAAUUUAGAUGUACACUUUGGACUCUACAUGAAGAGUGUUAUAAAUUUGGGAACUGAAAAGCACUGGCCUCUAGUGAUGAGAGCUGCAUCAUUGGAAGAUAUGGCUUGCUUUUGUAUGACUGAAUUAUCUCAUGGCUCAAAUGUUCAGGGACUCAAAACUAGAGCAACCUAUGAUCCAUCAACUAGGGAGUUUAUAUUGAAUACUCCCCGAGAUUAAGACAUGAAAUUUUGGAUUGGAAAUCUUGGUAAAACAGCUCAUAUUGGAGUUGUGUUUGCCUAACUUCAUACUCAAGGUAAAGGCUAAGGUGUCCAUGCUUUUGUCGUACCUCUCAGAGAUAGAAGGACACAUCAGCCCUUGCCUGGAGUUUUGAUUGGUGAUUGUGGAGCGAAAAUUGGCCAUCAUGGAAUUGAUAACGGAUUCUUGAAAUUCAGCGAUUAUAGGAUCAGCAAAGAUGCUUUACUAGAUAGAUUUUUCCAAGUAGCUGAUGAUGGAACAUACACAUCAAUCAUACCAACAAAAGGCAAAAGAUUUGCUUUCGUGCUUUCUUCCCUCAGUUUUGGUAGAACUAUGAUGGCUCAUGCCACAGUCAACAUUGGAUUUUAUGCAUUGAAUACAGCGAUCAGAUAUGGUCAUUUAAGAAGGUAGUUCUCAAACAAUAUGAAAAUUGGAGCUGAUGAGUCAGUUUUGAUAAACUAUCAAUUAUUCUAGUACAGAUUAAUACCAAGAUUAGCAAGAUGCUUUGUCCUUAGAUUCGGCCAAGAUGAAUUGGUCAGCAUGUAUUUUGACAAUAGAGACAAGUUAACAGAUCCUAAGUUCAAUGGACUUAAGUUAUUCCAUGCUUUAAUUACUUUUGCUAAAUCUCAUUUGAGCACUUGUGUCCAUAGAGAUCUUGAAGAAGUAAGACAGGCGCUUGGUGGAUUAGGAUAUUCCUAAUAUAGUGAAAUUGGUCCAUCAAUCAAUGACCAUGAUAUAAACUUAACAUGGGAGGGAGACAACAAAGUCCUACUGCAAUAGACAGCAAAAUUUGUUUUGAAAAACGCCUACAAUGUUAUGCAAAAUAAACCUGUAUAAGAUGAAAACCUAGCUUAUUUGAAGGAAUAUUUCGAAGAUAUGGAUGAAUACAAAGCUAAGAUUACUGAAGAUUUUAAAAGCAAUGAUAAUAUUGUAAGAGUAUUCAGAGGUAUGACAGCACAAACUACCUUCAAAGCUUUAAUGCAAAUGCAGUAGCAGUCACAACAGAAAGGGAUGUAUCAAGCCUAUCAAGAGAGCUUACCUUUCUCAUAAAAUGUACUCUCAGUCUUAUUUGGAGAAACUUUCUUCAUUGAAGCUUACCUUAGAAGAAUUAGCAAUGUUAAAGAUAAGGAGACAAGAGUUAUUUUUGACAAGUUGUUCCACUUAUAUGCCAACUAUACUAUUGUAGAUAAAUCAGGUGAUUUUAGAGAUUAAAAUUUCCUUUCAAGCGAGGCAAUAAACAUUUGCAAGCAGAAUGUUAUUGAUUUAUGUUCGGAAUUGAAGGAAGAGUUGAUCCCUCUCACUGAGAUUGCUGAGAUUGACAACACUAAUAUCUUCUCUUAUCCAGAUGCUUAUGAAAGAUUUAUCACCAAAGUUGUUCAAGCACCAAAUUCCUUUUCAAAACUCGAGAAUCGUGACAUAAUACUCAAAACACGUGGUAUCUGA